UGGCAGACAGUGAUGCAAUAUUUUUUAUAAUAAGAUGUUGCACACCAGGCAACAAAUUCACUUUUAUGAGCAGGCACCUGUUAGCAAAAAGGUAGUCAACAAACGAUAUAAUGUCUGAACACAAAGAAAACCAGCAGUUAUUACCAGGAUGUGAACUAACAACUGUCACUGAUCUUAAGAAGGAGAUGGCAGAGGUGAUGAAACUCAGGGUUAGCCCGCAAUGUUCUCCUAAAAGGCUCCAGAAGAGAGCUAGUAAGAAAUAUUGGACUGUCCGAUUCUACAAUACAGAGGAGGCUACGUCAAAACUGGAUGGGCUGUCACUAGCCAAUUGUAACCCGACAUCAGAACAUGGACCUGUAUCAGAGAGGAAGGACGUGAAUCAAGACACUAGUCAACCAUUAGGAGGGACUCAAGACCAGCUGCCUGCAUCAGAACCAAACCCAGAACAGACAGCCAUUAUACAAGUUCCUGAGAGAAUGGCAUGUAAUUCCUGUUAUGUGGAGUUCCAGAGUAGACAAGAUCAGAAAGAGCACUUUAAGUCAGACUGGCAUCGCUAUAACCUUCAGAGAAAACUCAAAGGAAAGACAACUCUAAAAGAAGAAGAAUUUGAGGACAUAUGUGGAUCUGUAUCCAGUAUUUCUGGUUCAGAUUCAGACUCGGAGAACGAGGAGACUGCUCCUCCCAAACUUCCCCGCCCCCUACAACUCAGGCAGCAGGAUGAGGAACUCAGCAGCUGUGACAGCGAAAGCGAAGUGGGAGAGGGAGAAAUGGGAGGGGCAUCCAAUGAGGGGGCUAGAAAAUAUCCUAAAAUAUUCUUCCGUAAUUCUGAAGGUCUGCUGGUGUCAGUGUACAGAUGCGUUGUACAUCACAAAAAGGUCAAAGUUCAGAAUCAUGCAGAGCUAGUAUCAAUGGUUAAUAACAUUACUGGGGAGAUGAAGUGGGCGGUCCUAAUGUGUGGGGGUGGACAUUUCGCUGGAGCUGUGUUUGAUAAAGAAAAACUGAUACUCCACAAGACAUUCCAUCGUUAUGUAGUGAGGGCCAAAAGGGGCACAGCUCAGGGAACACGAGACAGUCAGGGGAAUGCCCCUAAAUCUGGUGGGGCCAGUAUCAGAAGGCAUAAUGAGGCAGCAUUGAAGGAGGAAAUCAAGUCAUUAUUGGAAUCCUGGAAAGGAGAGUUAGAAAGCUGUAACAGAAUAUUCAUUAGAGCACCUGGCACGAACAAGAGAAUAUUUCUACACGGAAAAUCCCCGCCCUUCAACAAAGAUGACCAGAGAGUACGAAUGAUUCCUUUUCCCACACGACGACCCACUCUUAAUGAAACCAGAAGAGUGUUUGAAAUGUUGUCUUCCAUUGAGUGUUAUGGAGAAGAGGCUGAUAUUCAGGAUUAUGUUCCAAUUUCUCCACCUGUGACCUUUAAUGCAGCCCUGGGUCAGCUGGAAGUCAUUAAUAAGGACCCACAAAAGGGACGACAGAGGAGAUUAUCCGGGGAGAAGAGCAGGGAAGCCUCACCCCUGACACUAGAUAAAGUAAAAGAGAAGGUCUUGUUACGGGCACAACAGAUACAGUUCAUAGAAGAUGAAAUGCAGAAUGAAAAUCAGCCCUCAUCCUCUGGAGGAUCUACAACAAGUGAUGCUGAUCUUGUGGAAACCAUGGAAACGCUUUCAACGUUAGAGCUGCAGGAGUUUGAGGCCACAAAGAAACCAAACAGAAAGAAAAACAAAAAUAGAAGACGGAGAUUGUCGAAACAUCAGCUGGAACCGGAGACAGACCCGUUAGAGGAAGAAAAAUAUCACUUGAAAAAUUCCCUGUUUACAGCUUGUAAAACAGGAGAUGUGGAAACACUAAGAAAUUUAAUGGCUGUUUUCUCAAAGAGUGUUCCAAAAAUAGAAUCUCCAGAAAAGAUGCUGCAAGGGAUAGAAAAUAAUCAUCAGACUAGCGAUUUACAACAUUGUCAUGAUUAUAGUGAAAAUAGUGAACUGUCCUCUGGGGAAAAUAGUGAUUUAACUAAUUGUGAUAUACAAAAUAUAGACAGACUAGAGAAUUUAAAUGGAACAGGAUCUAUUUCUUCUGUGGUUUUAUCUGCACCAUCUGAAAAUUCAUCAGAAAAUCUGAUACAUAAAGAGCUUUGGCAAAGACCAUCCGGUAAAACAGACAGUCGACCAGGAUCAUCAACUUCAGAGGAACUCUUGUCACCGAUAGAUACCAAUGACAUGCUGAAUGAAGCGAUAGGAGACAAUAAACUAACUUUGUUACACAUUGCUGCUAAAGAGGGGCAUGGAAAAGUCAUCAAGAUUCUUAUGGAGAGUGGGGCUAACCCAGCUGCUAGGGAUAAAUUUGGCCAGACUCCAUACAACCAUGGAAAAGAUAAAGAAACUAGAAAUGAAUUCAGAAAGUUUAUGGGUCGAUAUCCUGAUCGAUAUGAUUAUAAAACAGCACAGAUUCCGAGCGCAUUAACUGACGACAUGGAACAAGAAAGAAAACAAAAGGCAGCAGAGAGGAAAAAGUUACAGAAAAAAGCCAAACAAGAGAGAAUGAAAGAAAAAAGGGAGGAGGAAGCUGUGAAGGAGGCAGAGGAAAGAGAGAAGAAAAGAUUCCUGGCUCUGUCUGAUAGAGAGAAGCGUGCUCUGGCAGCAGAGAAAAGAUUGCUGAAAACCAUUGAGGGAACGGGCCAAAAAGCACCAGUGUUAAGCCGUUGUUUCCAGUGUGGUGUGGAUAUGACGGGGAAAGUUCCAUUUGAAUAUUCCGAUUUCAAGUUCUGUUCACCUAAGUGCUUGAAACAACACAGAACAGAAGAGAAGAAGACAUGAUUUAAUCAAAUCAUCUUAUUUUUAUUAAUAUUUAUUAGCGGGGCCUUUGCUGACUGCUCGGUUAUCUAUUUCUAAGCCAUAUGAAUGAAUUUAUCUUUUGUAUAUUUUCCAAAAAAAUUAUCUAAAAGGUUCUAAAAUUUAUUUUUAUUAAAAUUUAAGAAAAAAAGAUGCCAUAAAAGCGCAAGAUGCUUUCCGAGAUAUUUGCAUAUU